GCUGUUGUAAUUCUAUGGAAAAUAUAUUUUGUUGCAAUGCCACACAUCUCGGCCCCGCCGCCUCCACCCCCACUACCAUCAAGUAUUAACAAAACUACACCUGUGGCGUCACCCAAGGAUCGCCCGUCGGUGAUUAAUAUAUCAGGAGACGAGUGUGCAUGGGCCUGGGAAUAUCCAGAGCUGCAAAAAGGAUGCUACCUGAACCGUGUGUGUCAAUAUAUCCCACCAAAGCAAUGCCAGUACUAUUCCGUGGCCAGUAUACUACAAGUGGGACCCACGUGUGGCUUGACUGCCGUAAGUAUGCUGCUCAAUGGAAACCCCACCGCUGCACACAUUCUAGAAGAUGCCAUUGCACAGGAGUACACAAUCAAUGGGGAAAUGUUCAGUGCUCAAUAUUUAUACGAACUGACGCGCAGACAUCUGCAUGGACACGGACCCGGUGCGUGUCAAUUGCACGAGGGUCGGCUCUGCUGUAACAAGGUCACAGAGCUCCUGCGAGCUGGUGGCUGCUUGCUUGUGCCGUAUCCUUUUUCAAAAUUCUUAAUUUUAAGUCGAUUACUUCCGAUUACUUCCGCGCAUAACAGCACAGUGUGUGCUCGCGGUGCUGCCAAACUGCGCACAUGCUUUGUGGUGUUUUUUAGUGCGAUAUCAUAGACAGCAAAACUGAGUUUUGUUUUUUCUUGUUUUAUUAACCAAAAAAGUGUUGUUUGAAUAAAAUGGCCACCGAAG